UAUUGUAGCCAAAUUUAAAAUAGCCAAAUCUAGCCAUUUGCGGCUACUCAGUCCUACGGCCGUCUGCCAUCUCUAGCUGACGAAUGCAAGCGCCAGCUGAUGUGUGAGCGCCUAUCGAUAACCGAUAAGACAUCGCUGCCAGCAGAUAAUUUUUUUGGGCCAAGUAGAAAAUACGUGUAAUAUUUACAAUAAGCGAAUCGAAAACAAUCUAGUCUAGCCGAAAUCCAAAUGGAGACCCCCACGGCCGAUGAUCUGUUGCAGUUCCGCGACUACAGCGGCGGUGCCCCGGCACAAAUCAAUGUCAAUUCCCCUACGCACGGCGGAUCGGGCGGUUCUGGUGGCUCCGGUGGCUCUGGUGGCUCCGCUGGCUCCGUUGGCGGUGGUGCCAACGCACAGCGUCAACGCGGCGAUCCGCUGGCGGAUCUCAUCUACGACAUGACCUCCUCGGCCCAGGGAUUUUCUGGUGCAGCAUCCCCGGGCGGCGCUCAGCCUCAGAACUCCUCGCUAGAUGGAUCCGGCGGCGGUGCAGGCGGUGGUGCGAAGCUGUCACUGUUUACCAUCGAGUACUACCAGCAGUUCUUCAACGUGGACACCUAUAUGGUACUCGAGCGCAUCGCCAACUCCAUGAUACCCAAACGGGCCGCUGGCAACUAUCUGCGCAUGAACAUAGGCGAGAAUCCGGAUCUGUAUGGACCCUUCUGGAUUACAGUCACCCUGAUCUUCUCCAUUGCAAUAAGUGGUAACAUUGCCAGCUACUUGCAGCAAGCCACUGACGGCUACAAAUGGCACUACAACUUCCAUCUGGUCUCCUAUGCGGCUACAUCCAUCUUCCUGUACGCCAACAUACUGCCGGCCGUUCUGUGGGCCCUCUUUAAAUACAGCCUGAAGCCCGUGGAUGCCGCUGAUGCCGUCGAAACGGACAGCGCCAGCUACACUCCGAGUCUCUUGUCGCUGAUGUGCAUCUAUGGAUACAGCCUGGCCAUCUAUAUACCAGUCUCCAUUCUCUGGGUGAUCAACAUCUCUUUGCUGCAGUGGCUCCUAGUGAUCACCGCCGCCUUGCUUUCGGGCACGGUUUUGAUUGCCGUGCUAACGCCAGCUCUGCGAAACUCGCAGUUCUCGUUGUUCCUCAUCGUGGGAAUCCUGAGUGCCCAUGUGGUGCUGGCCGCCGGAUUUCUACUCUACUUCUUUCACAAUCCCGCAGUCUUGCCGCUGGAUCCAGUUGCUCCGGCACCAACUGCACCUGCUGUUCCGGCUGCCCUGAAAGCCGUGACCCAGGCUGUUCUCAACGCAGUGCCCGGCAAUCAGACCCACUAGGAAACAUUCCGUGAAAGCCAGUUCGUCAACUUUGCUGACCUUUGCUGUACAUUAAGUUGUCCCUAUUUUUAUAAUCGCUAAUCGUGCUUUGUAUUGACUUUCUAUCACAUUUGGCGACUGUAUAUUUAUAUUAAAUUAGAGGUAGAAGUACUUGUAAUGCCAAAAAAAGAAGCAAAUCAACACAAAAACAAAAGAAUCGCUAGAACUUUUCGCUGGAGUAGUAAAAAAUUAAACAAAUUCGUCAAAGAUUUAGGAAGAACAGAAGAAUAUGUUAAUCAUGCCAUCAUUAAAAAUUGUAAAUAUAAUCAAAAGUGCACAAAAUGA